AUGACGAUUGCUAUGGCUACAGAAGAAGGGGCGUCUCUGCCCCUGUAUCGUCCGACCAAGGCGAUCCCUUACGAACUGGUCCAACAUUGUGGCAUAUUCCUUGAAGAAAAGCUAUACACACAGGCGCUCAACCUGCUACUGAACAUACUGUCGCCUGGUGCUAUCGCCUCAGGGCCGGUCUACAUUCCCUCCCCACAGUACCUUGCAGUCGCAGCCACGUUUCUCGUCCACCCAUCCACCACAAGCCGAGCCAAGACAGCAGAGGAGGAAGAGGCACCGAGCGCAGCGCUGCGGCUGCUCCGGCUCACCAACACGCUUGUCGGACCAAUUUCUGCUAGGUUUGCGGCGGCGUUUGCGUUCAAUCACUUCGAGUCCUCGCGGCAGGGAAGGCGGCGGCGCGUACAGGACGACGAGAACGCGAAUGGCGAUAUCUCGAACGACGACGCGAGGACACUGCACAUCGAUUUGUGCCACUCGGCAUCUCUCUGGUCUCGCGCUGAAGACUUCUGGCAUGCCGUGGGGUGGGCAUUCAACUGCUCUGUUCUACAUCCGGAACGGUGGGCACGAUGGCAGAUCUGGCUACAGUUCAUGUGCGAGGUGCUCGAGGACGACUGGAACGAGCGAAAGAGGCAGUCCACGGGUGUUGCGGAUGACGAAGCCCGUCGCGAAGUGCUCGAGAAAAGCUUGAUUUUCCGGUACAUCGCCGGCGGGAGCACGCCGUAUGGGCGGAAUCGAAGAAUCCUACGAGCCAUCUUCGCAGAUGGCGGCUCGGCCUCCGUCAGUGAAUUCCGCCAGGUGUUCCACGACGAACUGAAAACGCUCAAGCGCGAGGACAACAAUAUCAAGAAGCGCGAAGGCGAAGUCAACAUCGACAAGGACCAGUUCGGCGACUACCUAUCCGAGGACGAGGACGGGUCCGAAGCAACAGACUCCGCAGCGCCACCCCCGGCCAGACGUCCAACCCGUCAAUCCAAACGCAUCAGACGAGGCGCCCCCCCCAAAGACACCCCAACCGCCGACGCAGUCUCCGCCGACUCACCCAGCACCGCCCAGGUGCACGGCGGUGUCUCCCUCCUCGGCGGCUUUCCAUCCCUCGCCCUCCGCCAACGCCUCCUGCACCUCCUCUCCUCCGUCGCCGAGGACCUCCCCGCCUCCUUCACUACUCUUGAGGAACUCUACCACCUCUUCGUCGAAAAUAUCCGCCACCUGCCCCUCCCCAUCUACCAAGCGUUCGUGAGCCCCUUCGUCCUCCCGCAUUUCUCCGCCGCCGCGCAGACCACCCUCUGCGAGUUCCUGCUGUUUCGGAUGCGCGAGAACGCAGCCCCGGACACAGACGAGGAGUAUCUGAACCAGGCGAAGCUGGAGGAAUGUUUCCUGCCCUAUGCGGCUAACACGCCCAGCAUCGUCGAUAAUGCCAAGAUGUCCAUCGCGCUGGAGUCGCUUCUGGUGCUCCUGGCGGAUAGUGAUAUGCUGACUGUCACGCCGGAGCUGAAGGCUGCGGUGCAGGAUGGGAUCAUGGCCCGGGCGGAGAAGGUCCAGGUGGAAACAAGGAAGAGCCAGAGUAGUCGCACGACGGAGGAUAUCGAGUGGUGUUGGCUGUUGGAGAGUGGUGACCGGUUGAUGUUUCUGGUAGAUGAGGUUCUUUCGCGGAAGGGUGCUUCCACAAAGUAG